CAUCUCCUUUGCUUUCCAUCUCUUCCUUUUUCUUUUGCUUGCUUAGUUUUCUCUGCUUCAAGGGUGCUUAAAUGGCUGACUGCAAUACAAGUGAAGAAAAUCUUCUUGUCUUCUCUAAAGACCAUGAGGAUAGCUCAAUCGGGAAAAAGUAUGGAGGACUCAUGCCUAAGAAGAAACCUUUGAUCUCAAAGGAUCACGAGCGUGCCUUUUUUGACUCGGCGGAUUGGGCUUUAUUCAAGCAAGGUGCAGGAGUUGAUCCACAAUUAAUAGUGGCUAUAGAGACAUUGAGACCAAAAUUAGAGAGAACACCACGUCAACAACUGCCACCUCGAAGGCCUGCUUGUACAUGAGAGAAACCUUGUUAGAACUUAUGUAUUUUAUGUCAUCUCCAUACAAUUAUAUAUUUUGGGGACUAUUUUAGCUAAUGCCAAAGUAUGGGGCUUCUUUGUAAUUAAUCAUUACUUUUGGGAUGGUUUCUGAAAUACAUUUUCUAGAAUGAGACCCGUUUUUUCAAUUAA